AUGGCGCCUAUAGCAAAGGAAUGUGAUUUUUUGGUCAUUGGGGGUGGUAGUGGAGGUUUGGCCACGGCCAGAAAAGCAAGUGGUGUUUAUGGUGCGAAGACUAUUGCUGUGGAAAGUAAGAGACUUGGUGGUACUUGUGUUAAUGUUGGUUGUGUACCAAAGAAAGUUACAUUCAACGCAGCAGCCAUCGCUGAAGCUAUCCAUGAUUCGAAAGCCUAUGGGUUCUCCGUCGAAACCACCGCUCCAUUCGAUUGGUCAUAUUUCAAGAACAAGAGAGAUGCAUAUAUCAAACGAUUGAACGGAAUCUAUGAAAGAAACCUUGGCAACGAUAAAGUCGAAUAUAUUCAUGGCCGCGCAUCUUUGACUGGGAAAAAUGAAGCGGAAAUUACACUUGACGAUGGCACCAAACAAAUAAUCAAGGCCAAGAAAAUCCUUCUUGCAGUCGGAGGUCAUCCUACUAUCCCUAAGGGUAUCCCCGGUGCAGAUUAUGGCGUAACCAGUGAUGGAUUUUUUGAUAUUGAGAGACAACCUAAGAAAGUAGCUUUGGUCGGUGCUGGAUACAUUGCCGUUGAAUUCGCAGGAAUGUUCAAUGCUCUCGGUUCGGAGACUCAUUUGUUCAUCCGUCAUGAUAAGUUUCUCCGAAACUUCGAUCCGAUGGUUCAGGAAGCUAUCACAAAUGAAUAUGAACGUUUGGGUGUGAAGUUGCACAAGAAUUCUAGCCAAAGUAAAGUAGAAAAGGACGAGAAGACCGGGAAACUCACCAUUCACUACGAGGACUCGAACGGAAAGGGUACUCUUGAGGACGUGGAUGAUUUGAUCUGGGGUAUUGGACGUUCCCCCGAAGUCGAGGAUUUGGGCUUGGAGAAAGCAGGCGUCAAACAAAAUGAAAGAGGACAAAUCAUCGCAGACGAAUAUCAAAAUACCAAUGUCGAGAAUAUCUUCUCCCUAGGUGAUGUAGUCGGCAAAGUCGAAUUGACACCCGUAGCCAUUGCCGCCGGCCGCAAACUCGCCGAUCGUCUAUUCGGCGGUCCUCAAUUCAAAGAUUCCAAACUCGACUACGACAACGUUCCCUCCGUCGUAUUUGCCCAUCCAGAAAUCGGCUCCAUCGGUCUCACCGAACCAGAAGCCAUUGAACGCUACGGAAAAGAAAAUAUUAAAUGCUACAAUACCAGUUUUACCGCAAUGUAUUAUGCGAUGAUGGAGCCUGAGGAUAAGGGUCCUACAAAGUAUAAAUUGGUGUGUCAAGGACCUGAGGAAAAGGUUGUCGGUCUUCAUAUUUUGGGACUGGGGAGUGGAGAGAUGUUGCAGGGGUUUGGAGUGGCGAUUAAGAUGGGGGCUACGAAGAAGGAUUUCGAUGGGUGUGUGGCGAUUCAUCCUACUAGUGCCGAGGAAUUGGUUACGUUGAAGUAG